GGCCCCUCUCCUCGGAUGACGGUCCCGGUUAUGGGAGGGUACGGGAGGCGGGACCAGAUCAGUGUCCGUUCCUCGGAGUUUGCGAGUCUGGGACUAGGGCUGGAGAGAUCGCCGGUGAGCAUCGUCACCACUCCAGCACGGAGCCUCGCUUGGCCGAACGCUGCGCCGUGCACUCGUCGGGAUUGCACAACAUUCCUGAGAAAUAUACCUGCUAUUUAUGGCAUGUGGCUGGUAACUUUAUUCCUGCUGUACUCUUUACAAGAAGUGAACAGUGAGGAUGUGGUCUCGACGCGGCUGUACUUUGUAAACGCCUCCCUGCAGCGGGUGACCUUCUCCAGCUCGGUCGGGGUGUCCCUGCCCUGCCCCGCGGGCGGCGCACCCCAUGCCGUCCUGCGCUGGUACCUGGCCACCGGCGACGACAUCUACGACGUGCCCCACAUCCGCCACGUGCACGCCAACGGCACCCUCCAGCUCUACCCUUUCUCGCCAUCCGCCUUCAACAGCUACAUCCAUGACAACGAAUACUUCUGCACCGCAGAGAACCAGGCCGGCAAGAUCCGCAGCCCCAGCAUCCACGUCAAAGCAGUGUUCAGGGAGCCCUAUACAGUGCGGGUGGCAGACCAGCGGUCCAUGCGGGGCAACGUGGCCGUGUUCAAGUGCCUCAUUCCCACCGCAGUGCAGGAGUACGUCAGCGUGGUGUCCUGGGAGAAAGACACCGUGUCCAUGGUGCCAGGGAACCGUUUCUUCCUGACGUCGUUCGGGGCCCUGUACAUAUCAGAGGUCCAGAAGGAAGAUGCCCUGUCCACCUACCGCUGCAUCACCAAGCACAAAUACAGUGGAGAGACUCGCCAGAGCAAUGGAGCCAGGCUGUCUGUUAUGGACCCUACGGAGUCCACCCCCUCAGUGUUGGACAGUUUCCAGUCCGGCGAGGUCCAAGUGGGACGUAAUGUGGAGCUGCCCUGCAUCGCCUCGGGCUACCCCAACCCCACCAUCCGCUGGCUGAAGGACGGGCGCCCGCUGCCCGCUGACUCCCGCUGGACGCGCCGCCUCACGGGCCUGACGGUCAGCGACCUGCGUCUGGACGACAGCGGCAACUACAUCUGCGAGGUCACCAACAGCUUCGGCUCCAAAGAGGUGACCGGUCACCUCAACGUCAUCGAGCCGUUGAGAGUGACUCUGUCUCCCAAAAACCUGAAGACGGGCAUCAGCAGCACGGUGAUCCUGUCGUGUGCUGUGCAGGGUUCUCCCCACUUCACCCUGUCCUGGUACCGCAACACAGAACCCGUCCUCCCCGACCAGCACUUCUCCAUCCAGGGGGCCCACAACGAGACCCUGUUCAUCUCCGCUGCCCAGAAGAGACAUUCGGGAGCCUACCAGUGCUUCGCCACCCGCAAGGGCCAGACCGCACAGGACUUCUCCAUCAUACUGCUGGAGGAUGGUACGCCCCGUAUCGUGUCCUCCUUCAGUGAGCGUGUGGUGGUCCCGGGGGAACCCUUCUCCCUCAUGUGCGCUGCCAAAGGUGCCCCUCCCCCCACCAUCACCUGGACUCUGGAUGACGAGGCUGUGGCCAGGGACCCGUCCCGGGUGAGGGCCAGCCAGUACACGCUGUCGGACGGCUCCACCGUGUCCCACGUCAACGUCAGCAGCCCGGAGAUCCGCGACGGAGGGGUGUAUCGCUGCGCCGCACGCAACUCGGCCGGUAGCGCCGAGUACCAAGCGCGCAUAAACGUAAGAGGGUCUCCCAGGAUCAGGGAUAUGCGUAACAUCACGGCGGUGGCUGGGAGGAACACCUUUAUAAACUGCCGCGUGAUUGGCUAUCCCUACUACUCAAUCAAGUGGUACAAGGAGGGACUUCUGCUGCCCGACAACCAUCGUCAGGUGGUGUAUGAGAACGGUACUCUGAAGCUAAGUGACGUUCAGAAGGUCUUGGACGAGGGGGCGUACCUCUGCAGCGUGCUCAUCCAACCACAGAUCUUCAUCAGCCAGACCGUCUACGUCCAGGUCAAAGUGCCCCCUCUGAUCCAACCCUUUGACUUCCCCCCCACCUCCAUUGGGAAGCUCAUGUACAUCGCCUGCGUGGUGUCAUCUGGCGACAUGCCCAUCCACAUCACCUGGCGUAAGGACGGCCAGGAGGUCGCGCCCUCGUCCGGCGUCAACAUCGAGACCAAGGAGUACAUGAGCUCGCUGCAGAUCGGCAAGGUGUCGCUCAAGCACAACGGCAACUACACCUGCAUCGCUAGCAACGACGCCGCCACCGUCAGCUCUGAGAGGCAGCUCACUGUCACAGUGCCUCCUCAGUUUGUGGUCCAGCCCAAUAACCAGGACGGGAUCUACGGCAAGGCGGGGGUCCUCAACUGCUCCGUGGACGGAUACCCGCCUCCCAAAGUCAUGUGGAAGCACGCCAAAGGUAUAGGGAACCCCCAGCAGUACCACCCAGUGCCUCUGACCGGUCGGAUCCAGAUCAUGGGGAACGGCUCCCUGCUGAUUCGUCACGUCCUGGAGGAGGACCGGGGCUACUACCUCUGUCAGGCCUCCAACGGCGUGGGCUCCGACAUCAGCAAGAGCAUGGUCCUGACGGUCAAGAUCCCGGCAAUGAUCACGUCGCACCCCAACACCACCAUGGCCAUUAAGGGCCAGAUUAAGGAGCUGAACUGCACAGCGAGGGGGGAAUGGCCUAUCAUCAUCCGUUGGGAGCGCGGUGACACGGUCAUCGACCCCGACCGUAACCCUCGCUACGCCAUCACCACCAGCCCCAACGAGAAGAGUGACGAAGUAUUGUCUACGCUGAAGCUGAAGCCAGCAGAGCGUGGUGACUCGGUCUUCUUCUCCUGCCAUGCCAUCAACUCAUAUGGAGAGGGCCGGGGCCUCAUCCAGCUCACUGUGCAAGAGCCCCCAGACCCUCCAGAGUUGGAGGUGAGGGAGGUGAAGGAUCGGAGUAUGAACCUGCGCUGGACCCAGAGAUUUGACGGCAACAGCAUCAUCACCAGCUACGACAUUGAGUACAAGAACAAGACAGAUCCAUGGGAGUUGAAGCAUGCCACCCGUAAGAUCUCUCCCACCAAUAACCAGGCCAACAUCGUGGAUCUACACCCUGCCCAAAUCUACAGCAUCCGCAUGUUCUCCUACAACAAGAUCGGACACAGUCAAGCCAGCAAGGAGCUCACCAUCAGCACAGAGGAAGCACAGCCGGAUGGUCCUCCUGUGGAGGUUUUCCUCCUGCCUAUGACCUCGCAGAGCAUCCGCGUCACCUGGAAGGCCCCCAGAAAGGAGCUUCAGAACGGGGUGAUCCGGGGCUACCAAAUCGGUUACCGUGAGAACGGGCCGGGCAGUAACGGCCAGUACAGCAUUGUGGAGAUGAAGGCCACGGGGGACAGCGAGGUGUACACCCUGGACAACCUGAAGAAGUUUGCCCAGUAUGGGGUGGUGGUCCAGGCCUUCAACAGGGCCGGCACCGGCCCCUCCAGCUCUGAGAUCAACGCUACCACACUGGAAGAUGUGCCCAGCCAGCCGCCCCAGAACGUGCGGGCCAUCUCGGUGACAUCAGACGAGGCGGUAAUCACGUGGGCAGAGCCCCCGCGUCUGACGCUGCACGGCGUGCUGAAGGGCUACCGGGUGGUCUUCUGGUCCCUCUUCCCCGACGGAGAGUGGGGAGAGAUGCAGAACAUCACGACAACCCGGGAGCAGGUGGAGCUGAGAGGGCUGGAGAAGUUCACUAACUACAGUGUGCAGGUGCUGGCCUACACCCAGGCUGGGGACGGGGUCAGGAGCAAUGUCCUGUACAUCCAGACCCGUGAGGACCACCCUGGCCCCCCGGCUGGCAUCAAAGCUGUGCCCUCUUCCACCAGCAGUGUGGUGGUUUCCUGGCUACCCCCGCACAAGCCCAAUGGAAUCAUCCGCAAGUACACCAUCUACUGCUCCAGCCCCGGAUCAGGCCAACCGGCCCCCAGUGAGUACGAGGCCAACCCCGAGCUGCUGUUCUACCGGGUCACCCACCUGAACCGCGGACAGCAGUACCUCAUCUGGGCCGCUGCCGUCACCACCGCCGGACGGGGGAACAUCAGCGACAAGGUCACUGUGGAGCCUGCUGGGAAGGCACCAGCUAAGAUCCUAUCGUUCGGAGGUACGGUGACCACUCCCUGGAUGAAGGAGGUGAGGCUAUCCUGCAGCUCAGUGGGCGAACCCACCCCCACCAUCAAAUGGACCAAAGACAGUGAGGACACAGCCAUCCCGGUAACUCUGGACGGUCAGAGGCUCAUCAUGGCCAAUGGCACACUGGUCCUGCGCUCGGUGAAAGCUGAGGAUUCUGGGUACUACACGUGCACGGCCACCAACACGCUGGGCUUUGACACCAUCAUUGUCAACCUGCUGGUGCAAGUUCCUCCGGACCAGCCCCGUCUGACUGUCUCCACCACCUCCUCCACCUCUAUCACCCUGGCCUGGAUCCCCGGGGACAACGGAGGAUCCUCCAUCAGAGGUUUCGUGCUGCAGUACUCGGUGGACAACAUAGAGGGGUGGAGGGAUGUGUUCAUCAGUUCCAGUGAGAGGUCCUUCAAGCUGGACAACCUGCGCUGUGGCACCUGGUACAAGGUCAAACUGGCCGCCAAGAACAGCGUGGGAGCCGGACGCAUCAGUGAAAUCAUCGAGGCUAAGACCCACGGACGAGAGCCCCAGUUCAAUAAGGACCAUCCGGUGUUCACCCACGUCAACUCUACCCACGCCCGGCUCAACCUGCAGGGCUGGGCGAGCGGUGGCUGCCCCAUCACGGCCGUACUGCUGGAGUUCAGACCUAAGGGGAACUGGGCGUGGCAGAACGUGCGCACCAACGCCACCGCCGACGUGUUCUUGGCUGAGCUCCGCGAGGCCACCUGGUACGAGCUGAAGAUGAAGGCGUGUAACAGCGCCGGCUGCGGGAACCAGAGCUCUCAGUUCGCCACGCUGGACUACGACGGCACAGGUACCAUCCCUCCCAUCAAGUCAGCGCGGCCCGAAGGCGACGACGUUAAGAAGCUCUUCUCCAUUGGCUGCCCCGUCAUCCUGGUCACUCUGGUCGUCGCCCUGCUCUUCAUCAUCCGCAAGAAACGCAAAGAGAAGAGACUGAAGAGACUGAGAGAUGCCAAAAGCCUGGCUGAGAUGCUGAUCAGCAGUAAGAAUAACCGGAGCUUUGACACCCCUGUGAAGGGGCCCCCCCAGGGCCCCCGACUCCACAUCGACAUCCCCAGAGUCCAGCUGCUCAUCGAGGACAAGGAAGGCAUCAAGCAGAUCGGUGAAGACAAAGCCACCAUCCCAGUGACGGACACAGAGUUCAGCCAGAACGUGAAUCCCCAGAGCUUCUGUACGGGCGUGUCUGUGCAUCACCCCGCCCUCAUCCAGAACACCGGCCCUCUGAUUGACAUGUCCGACAUCAGACCAGGGACAAACCCGGUGUCGAGGAAGAGCGUGAAGUCGACCCACAGUACGAGGAACCGCUACUCCAGCCAGUGGACCCUGACCAAGUGCCAGUCGUCCACGCCCGCCCGUACCGUCACCUCCGACUGGCGCACCGUGGGCUCCCAGCAUGGCAUCACCGUCACCGAGAGCGACAGCUACAGCGCCAGCCUCUCACAGGACACUGAUAAAGGGCGUAACAGCAUGGUGUCCACAGAGAGCGCGUCCUCCACCUAUGAGGAGCUGGCGCGGGCCUAUGAACACGCCAAGCUUGAAGAGCACCUGCAGCACGCCAAGUUUGAGAUCACUGAGUGCUUCAUCUCCGACAGUUCCUCAGACCAGAUGACCACGGGCACCAACGACAACGCCGACAGCAUGACCUCCAUGAGCACGCCGUCCGAGACGGGCCUGUGUCGCUUCACCGCCUCGCCACCCAAACCCCAGGAAUACGACCGCGGAAGACCUACCAACGUUGCCGUGCCCAUCCCCCACCGCGCCAACAAGAGCGAGUGGACUGGCAAAAGUGACUACUGUAACCUUCCCCUCUACAUGAAGACAGACCCUUUCUUCCGGAAGCAGUCGGAGCUGCGUGACCCGUGCCCGGUGGUGCCGCCCCGCGAGGCCUCCAUCCGCAGCCUGGCCCAGCGGGCGUACCACACCCAGGGCCGUCACAUGACUCUGGACUCCUCCAAGCAGCAGCAGGCUCUGACUGUGGGCCACACUGGCCUGGCCGGCCUCAGCGCCUCAGGGGGAGCAUCAGGGGGUGGUGGUGGUGUAGGAGGGGCGACUGGAGGGCCGUCUGGUGGUUCCAGCACCUCUUCCCUGCCCCAGAGGACUCUCACCAUGCCCGGCUCCUCCUCUUCCUCUGCGCAGAGCGCUGCAGCCGCUACCGACGCAGUCGCGGGAGGAGACUCUAGAGACCCUCUGCUGGAGAGCAGCUCGUCAGGCCCAGGCAGACUAGAGAGACAGAAGCAGGCGGCUGGCGGGGCCUACUCCAAAUCCUAUACACUGGUGUAGCAGGAGCCACUGGCGUGGAUGUUGGAGCCUUGGGAAGGGUUUAGGGGCCACACAGACACACGUACACACACCUGACUCCUGCACUGUCAGGCCAGAGGGGGGCCGCUCGGCAGGGGCCAGAUUGGGCUUUUUAUAGCACAGGGGUUUGUCUUCUUUCUGCCUUUUUUCUCUCUCUCUCUAUCUGUUGUUUUGCAUUACCUUCCUUGGAAAUAACUUGCUAAACUCAAUAUCAUUUUAUAUUUGUUUUUGCAAACAUUUUUCCCUAUCUCUCACUCUCCCACUAUCCCUCUCUCUCUCUCUCUUCUCUCUCUCCAAUUAUCUGUUGAGACACCUCAGAACUUAUGCACAAAAUACUUUCCACGUGCACUUGUUUUUUUGUGUUUUUUUUUAAAAUUCAGAACGGUAAACGAUAAACCGAGAUGCAGUUUCACAUAAACCUGUCUAGAUGUUUUAGGCCGUUUCACCUGUUUCUUUUCGCGUCUCUGAACGGAAAGUUCAGAGUUCAUACAAAAGCAGCGCGUUGCCACGGAAAGUGUUUAUGCAUAAACCAACAACCUCGGUUGUCUGUCCUCUGGCCCUCCAAGAGCCAUCCUGGUACGGACUCACACAAACAGGCAACAGACUGUCGUUUCCACGACGAUGUUGGAGGAGCCUUGGGGAAUUUUUCUCAUGCAAUUCGUGACACUGUAUAGAGUGUUACUGACUAUUUUAUAGGACAACAGGAAACAGAGCGGGGGGGGGGGGGGGGGGGGGGGGGGGGGACAGGAAUCGUCUUCAUACGAAAGAUGAAUCAGAACUGUAUUUUUUUUUUAAAUGUUUGCUUUUCUCUUUUGGGAAUAUAUAAACUCAUGUGCAUUAAAAGAGGUUAGAAUGGAUUUCACAGAACCGUCACGAGCCUGCGUGUGUGCGUGUAUAUGUGUAAAUAUAUAUGUAUACAUGUGGCUGGCACACACCUGCUGUGGACCUUUUUAAUCAAUCUGUAUGCUGACUCCUUGGCGGAGGCCUGUGUUAAAAAUACUCCUGUCCAUUUGUUACUUGUGACAGUGGUUUGGGGACGAUGACGUCACACUGUAUGACAUCACAUGUCGGUCUCUCCCUUCUGGACUUUGGUUGGCCCGGUGUGAUUGACACUGGCAGCGUCGCCUUGGAGAUGACGGGGAAGAUGGACAGAGCGAGGGAGUUGAUUUGCCGUUCAUUAGAGGCGCAGGGGUGAAAUGACCACCCCUCCUCUUGGCCCCUCUCUGUCAUUCUCUCCAGUCCCCUGAAGCAGGAAGAAAACCCUUUGUUCUAUUGAUCAUGUGCGGGUUGGUGCCACACACCCCUUUCCUCCAUACAGCCCCCCCCCCCCCCCUCUGUCUACCCAAACACUUCCAACCCACCACACCCCCAUUCCUCCAUACCUCCCUCCCCCUGUCUACCCAAACACUUCCAACCCACCACACCCCCAUUCCUCCAUACCUCCCCCCCUGUCUACCCAAACACUUCCAACCCACCACCCCCCCACCCCCCCCGUCCACACAGUCUCACUGUGACCUUCUAGCACACUCUGCUAGACAGGCAGACGUUUAAUGACAGUAGUUUGGACUGACUGACAAAUGGACUGCAGGCCAACAGACGGACAGACCAGCCUGGCAAAAGAUGAACUCGACAGAAAGAUGGAUAAACAGAUUACAGAUUGAAACACAGGAGAAUAUAGAAACGCGAUAAUGCAGCGAACAGCGUUGGUUUGCAAGGAGAGAUGGAGAGAUAAGGAAGACAAAACAUCUGUGUACGUGUUCAGGGAAGGAUGAAAGAGGUGGCAGGUGGACAUGAGUUGGUCUUAUGAAAUGAAGUGGCCUCAAGAAUAAAUCUGUCAUCCAAGGCCCCCCCCAUCCCAGGAAAAUGUAAUGAUUGCCGGUUUCAGUUGGCGUUUCUUUUUUUCUUUAUUUUCUUUAUUCUAAACCCAAAGCUUAGCCCCAUGACCCCCCCCCCCCCCCCCCCCCCUCCCCCCACCACAAAAAAAAAUAAAAUAAAACUGAUUGCUCCCAAUGUUUGCAAUGGAAAAUGUCACAUCAGGGCUCUCGCAAUAUAAAAAUGAAAAAAUAUAUCAUAUUUGUUGUAAAAGAUAUGUACAUAUAUAUUUAUAUCUAAAUAUAUCCCAAAAUAUAUAACUGUUAAAUAAAACAGAGAGAGAUAUAAAGUCAUCGUAAUUGAAAAUAUAUGAAAAUAUAACUCAUGAGACAAUCGCUCAGUGGACGACGCCGCGGGUUAAGAGGAAGAGUGGAGGGAGAGGAGGACGGGAAACGGCUAGCACAACCAAGAAAGACAAAGAGAGAUGAAAAUGAGCGUUAUAGCUACGGUAUCUGAGGCCGAGUUUGCGGACGUGAACAUUGAGGCCAUGGCCUCGCGGUCGUUGGCCCCUCUGUCAGGUACGUCGGUAGCUACAGUGCAGGAACAGAACUACACUAAACAUGCCAGUCAGGAUGUAAACCUAAGUAUCUACUGUAAGGAGUUAAGGCCCAGUGAUGGGGAAUACCUUAGCCAGUGAGGCUGGCUGCAAACUAAUGCAGUCUAUUUGCAUUUUGUAAAGCUUGUGUCAGAAUGGCUUGUGUGUCAGUGAACCCCAUGGCAGCCCGUGUGGUUCAUGUGUUUUAAUAACGUCAGACCUGUAGUCGAUUUGGUUUGGAGUUGCCUCUGGUGGAGAGUAGACGACACUGCGGGUAGCUUUGGGGUCAGAGUGGCUUUUGUGGUCAGUGAGGUUAAAGUGCAUUCCUUGUGGUCAGCAAGACCCUCUUUUAAGUGUACCUGUAGAAAGGGGGAGGGACCUACAGAUAAAAGAAAGAUUUCAGGGAACCUUUAACCAUUUAUAAGCACUAGUUAGUGAGCGGUACGGUAGCUUCAGCACUGAGUCACAAGCUAAGGCAACAUCCGUGUAGAGUUCAGUUUAGAGCCUAACCCUGGCACAACUAACCCUGGCACAACUAACCCUGGCACGUGGGGAUUCAGGUAACAGUGGUGGGCCGUGCCACAGUGCCAGCCCACAUUCUUAUUGUGACCGUCCCCAAAUCUACGGCCCUACUUCAGGUGUUAAGAGAGUGCAAAUGGUAGACACAAAUGUAACCUGUUGUAUUGUACCUUCCCAAGGUGUGUUCUGUUGACAGCCUCCAUGACGUCUCAUGACUGAACUUAAAUGAAGACAGCACAUAGUGACCUCUGUGUCUUACCGUUGUCAUUAUGUCCGUGCACAGCACUCUUAUUCCGGACAUACAUACAACUGUUAUAACUGCUCGUAACUGACAACACUCACGCUCCUCCCCGCCUGUUGCAGACAGUGAACAGGACAGGAGAGAGUCCGCUAGAACCUUUCCUUUCCGUUGAUAUUAGUAUGGUACCGUUUGUUUUGUUUUGGCGUCCUUGGUUAUGCAAUUCUUUUGAAACGGUUUGCUUUGAGACGACACGGGGGUGCCACGUGAAGGGGCAGGCCUGUUCAGCCAAUUGAAAUCAGGGACUCCCCUAGAUCCAACCAAUCCCAGGAAAAGCCGUGUGCAUAUUGGAUGGGGUCAGGGAUCAAACUCCCCACCCUACCCUGACCUUUACCCCACCUAUUUGACCAAUCAGACUCUCAGUUACACCUGGUAAUAGCGUGCCCUGUGAUCAGAUUUGACCCACAAUGUCUACUCCAGACCAAUUUGAUUGGGUGUGACCGGAUGUGACCACAGAUCCAUUGCCAGGGCACAUGUUAAUAUCAGGUCUCAAGGGGGUCUCAGAUUCCCCCCUACCGGCACCUCCUGCCCCAACAGCAUUGCUACCCCACUAUUAAAGACUCUUGUACAUAGCAAAGUGUUUUGUAUAAAUAAGUACUGUUUUCAACAUCUCCAAAUGAAACCAGGGCAACAAUGUAAACUUUGAUUCAAGUUAUAACUUUAAACAGGAGAGGGUUAAAGAAAACUAUAGAAUUAUAGUGACACUGCUUUAGAAUUAGAUUUUUGAAUGGGGCAACAACAAACGAAAUCCAGAAUUGCUUUCACAAUUGGUUCCUCUUUUUCAAGACGUUUUGCUUAAAAUAUUGAUUUUCUUUCUUGUUCACUUUUUUUUUUUUUUUUUUUCUGUUGAGGAAAAACGGCAUUGCAUGCUCUGAAUUAUUUGUUGGUAUAAAAAUAAAGAUGGAGAAACACAUUUAUGAAAAAGGGGUGAGGGGAAAAGCGUUUUAAAAAAUACUGAGAGAGUUCUUAAAGUUUUAUGGAAAAUUUGCUUCAAUUUGCAAUUGCUUGUUUAACUCUACCGUUUUUUUUUCUUUUCUAUGAAAACAAACAAAACCAGAAAAAGAGUACUCCAACACCUUGUGCAAUAAAGCUAUCUUUCUAUGAGU